GCGCAUGCGUUCUGCCAAGCCUGUCCCUCCCGUCCACUAGGAGUCGCUGAUUGUAACAGUUAAUGACGGUAGUGACUUCACACUUCUGCAUGUGACAUUGACAUCAAGAGAAGCACGAUGAGACUCACUGCUCUCCUGUCCAUGGCAGCCAAGGUUGUUAUACCCAAGGACUACCGGUAUGGCACCCACAGACCCUGGACAGAGGCCGCUAAAAGGAGGAAUCCUCCGGGUAAAAGGAGGAGAAAGGUGUUCGUGGAACCGAUAGAGUCACACGACUGGACGGUGUUCAAAGGAGACACGGUUGAGAUUCUCUCUGGAAAAGACCAGGGCAAGCAAGGAAAAGUGAUCCAAGUCUUAAGGUGCAGAAACUGGGUGGUUGUGGAAGGACUAAACACACAUUACAGGUACAUCGGAAAAACUGACAAUUAUAGCGGACAAUACGUUCCCUCAGAGGCUCCUGUUUUGCUCCGUGAUGUUGCCCUCGUUGACCCCACUGACAGGAAACCCACUGAUAUUGAGUGGAAGUUCACAGAGGAGGGUGAGAGAGUGAGAGUGUCCGCCAGGACAGGUCGAAUCAUCAACAAACCUGAGGUACAGCGAAGAGAUGGCAUCAUCCCCGAGCAGUGGAAAGAUGGUCCCAAAGACACGAGUGUGGAAGACGCCGUCAAAAUAACAUUUGCACCAUCACUGAAAACACUGGAAGAGGAAGUCAUGGAAAAAUUGGGAAUUCAGGAAACCAGGAGGCAAAAGAGGUCGUACUGGUACUGACCAGGUGGUGACUCUGUCCUGCUGUUACUGAACAUAUCUGCCGGACAAAACAAAAACUGUAACUUAAAUAACCUCAAACAUUGUCUUUUGUAAUAUAAUAAAUAGAAAUCCGUUAAGAACA